GCUGCCAGACAAAUGAUAACAGCUGGACCCAUCACAGUUCGGCCGUGUGAUUGAAUGGGGUUUAGUCGCAGCGAUCAGAAGACGCUGCAGCUGAAAAAGCCGCGACUCCGGCAUCAGACAAGGUCAGUGAAACGGUGGGAUUUGCCGGCCCUGCGCUGUCCCCCCGGCUGUGGUGCUGAAAUCCACGUCCAUUCUGUCUGUGUUGUGCGCUCAGCGCUGGAGGAGGCGCGUCCAAGAACAAGGGAAGGAUUGAAUAUUCCACUGGAUACAUUCAUUGAUUCUUCCCAAGGCUGCACAAUCAUCAUUGCUACAUGCGAUGCUCCACUAUCAGGCUGUUUAUUCUCUCUCUCUUCUUUAUCCACCCUAUCAGCUCUUGAAAUGACUGUAGCAACGGCACCUGCUCUCCAUGGUAUGAUCUCAGCAGUUUAGUAGCAGGGUUUAGUAGCGUUUAGUAGCAGGGUUCAGUAGCGUUUAGUAGCAGUACCGUCUUCUUUUCAUCGUCUGCAGCCGUGUCAUUGCUUAUUGCUGUACUCAUCAAUCUCAUCACACACAGUCCCCCCUCCCUCACUGUAUUCCCUCAGGUGCCUGCUUUGCCCAUUCCAUGACCCGCCAGUAAGUCUGACCCACACACACACACACACACAGAGAAGGAAGAGGAUCAGGCUGGGGCUAUGGAGGAAGAACUCAAGUGCCCAGUGUGCGGCUCAUUUUUCCGGGAGCCGCUUAUAUUGCCUUGUUCACACAACGUGUGCCUGCCCUGUGCCCGCACCAUCGUGGUUCAGACCCCAGAGAGCGAGCACUUGCCUCAUGCUGGCCGGCCUCUGAUGCUCAUGGGGGCGGAUUACGAUUUCCCAGACCACCUGGAUAAAAUGAGUCUGUACAGCGAGACAGACAGCGGCUACGGCUCAUAUACGCCCAGCCUGAAGUCGCCCAAUGGUGUGAGGGUCCUGCCGCCUGCACCGGCUCCUUCCUUGUCUUCUUCCUCCUCCCGGGCCCUUCACGGGCCCCUUUGCAGCUCAUCCUCCAUCACGUGCCCACAGUGCCACCGCAGCGCAUCGCUAGACGAGAGAGGCCUGCGCGGAUUUCAACGCAACCGCUUGCUGGAAACCAUCGUACAAAGAUACCAACAGGAGCGCGGCUUUACGCCUGGCGCAGAAGGCAACGCUGCAGCGGCAGAAACAGCCUGUGGUGCAAGUACCAGUGCCAGGUGCCAGUUGUGUGAUAACAACCCAGCAGAGGCGGCUGUCAUGUGCGAGCAAUGUGAUGUGCUUUACUGCUCCUCCUGUCAGAAGAAGUGUCACCCUACUAGGGGUCCCUUUGCUAAACACAGGCUGGUGCCCGCCGCCCACAUAACGCAACCAGGCCCUAAUGCCCACAGACCCUCUACAGCUAACGCGACGCGCAAGUUCCCCACCUGUGCGGAUCAUGAACUGGAGAACUACAGCAUGUACUGCCUGAACUGCCGGACCCCUGUGUGUUACCAGUGUUUGCAGGAGGGGAAACAUGGCAAACAUGAGAUGAAAGCGCUGGGCAUCAUGUGGAAACAACAUAAGGCGCAGCUCUCCCAGGCCUUAAGUGGUAUCUCUGAUAAAGCAAAAGAAGCCAAAGAAUUUUUGGUUCAGCUGAAGAGUAUUCUACAACAAAUCCAGGAAAAUGGAUUAGAAUAUGAAGCUUGCUUGGUUGCCCAGUGUGAUGCAUUAGUUGAUGCAUUAAAUCGUCAAAAAGCAAAACUUCUCACCAAAGUAACUAAGGAACGGGAGCAUAAAUUCAAGGUUGUCUGGGACCAGAUAAAUCACUGCACAUUGAAACUACGCCAGUCAACAGGCCUCAUGGAAUAUUGUCUUGAAGUAAUUAAGGAAAAUGAUCCUUCUGGCUUUCUGCAGAUUUCAGAUGCCUUAAUAAAGCGGGUUCAAAGUUCUCAAGAACAGUGGGUGAAAGGGGCUUUGGAACCCAAAGUGUCUCCUGAAUUUGACCUCACCUUGGACAAUGAGCCUUUGCUGCAGGCUAUUCACCAGCUGGAUUUUAUUCAGAUGAAAUGUAAGGUUCCCAUUACAGUACCUCCAGUACCGCUGCUUCAGCUGGAGAAAUGCUGCACUAGGAAUAACAGUGUGACCCUGGCAUGGAGAAUGCCUCCUUUCACCCACAAUCCCGUUGAUGGAUACAUCCUAGAACUUGAUGAUGGAGAUGGCGGUCCGUUUAGGGAGGUUUACUUGGGCAAGGAAACCUUGUGCACGAUUGAUGGGCUUCACUUCAAUAGCACUUAUAAUGCAAGAGUCAAGGCGUUUAAUUCUACAGGACUUGGACCUUAUAGCAAGACCGUCGUUUUGCAAACCUCUGAUGUGGCCUUUUUUACCUUUGACCCUAAUGCUGCACAUCGGGACAUAGUAUUGUCCAAUGAAAAUAUGACAGCCACUUGCAGUAGCUAUGAUGACAGAGUCGUACUGGGCACAGCUGCUUUCUCCAAAGGCAUUCAUUACUGGGAGAUACAAGUUGAUCGAUAUGAUAACCAUCCGGAUCCCGCUUUUGGUGUUGCAAGAAUUAACGUUGUGAAAGACAUGAUGUUAGGAAAGGAUGACAAAGCUUGGGCCAUGUAUGUGGAUAAUAAUCGAAGCUGGUUUAUGCACUGCAACUCUCAUACCAACCGGGCAGAAGGUGGUGUGUGCAAAGGAACUACAGUCGGUAUUCUUUUAGAUCUAGUUAAACGCCUAUUGAUAUUUCAUAUUGAUGGAAAGCAGCAGGGCCCAAUAGCGUUUGAGAACAUUGAGGGUGUGUUCAUGCCAGCAGUAAGUCUCAAUCGGAAUGUACAGGUGACUCUUCACACAGGACUUGAAGUGCCAAUGAUCUACAGACAGACCAAGCCCCAAAACUGAUUUAACCUUGAAUCUGGUGCAGGCUUUUACAUGUUUUUUCUUUUAUAACCUGGAUGCAACUGUCAUAAAACUCUACCUUAUGAACCAAAUUAUAAUUUUUUUUAGGAAAAUCAUAAAUUUUGUGUCUUCACAAGAUGUAUUUUUCCAUGAUGGAAUUUGGAAUUUUCAAAUUAGAAAGCAAACAAGGAAUAGGUGGUACAUGGCAUACAGCCAAUAGUACGUUUUAGGGGCAUAUUGAUUAAGGGGCAUAGUUAUCAAGGGUCCAAUUUCGAAUUGAAAAAACUUUGAAAUUCAAA